GGUGUAUGGCUGGUGACACUCCCAAAUCUUUUUGAUUUAAAAGUUGCCUAGUUAACGUGGCAGCGGAAAACUUCCGUUUCAGGACACGCGACAUCCGGACACGUCCAUACCUGUGCUACUAGUUAGCGUUUAACAGAACUGUCUUAUUUUUAUACCAUAAGUAGUGUACUUAAUGUAUGUAGAUGUAAAAGAUGGCCGUUGUUAGAGCAAAGUCAAUACGACAAACAGGGAGUCUGCUACGAAGUCGCUCAGAAGGGACUCUGAUAGAUCUAGAUGACAAUUUAACCAUCAACAACAAUAGCUUACAUGGGAGUUACAUUUCAAAACAUUCGGAAUGGCCAGAAGUCCAACCCCAAGGACAAACAACAAAUCCCUUCUGGAACAAACUUUCCCAGUCAAAUCCUUUCUUAGAUGACAUUGUGCGCAGAACUGACACUGAUUUAAGUCUGUCCACGCUGAAGGAGGAUACAUCAGCUUUGUUUGGUAACAAUAUUGAAGACUGCGAAAGCAGAUCCUCGGAUGAAAAUAAUUUUGGUCAUUUUCUGGAGCCUGAGAGGAACAGCCUCAAUCGAUCUGGACGGUGGAGAAGUGCCUCAGACAUUCUUGACAGUCUUGUAAAAAAGGAAUCCAAAAAGGAGAAGAGUUUUCACUCUCAAGGGCCAUUCAUGAAACCUGAUUUUGACUGGCUUAAAAAUGACAUGGAGGCUUACAAAAUGGCCUGGCUGAGUCACAGGCAGUUGACCAGAUCCUGUUUGGAUCUCAGUCUAAUAAAACAAAGUCCUGGUUGGGCUCAAACUCAAGCCACAGACACACAAAUUGUCUGUAAGAUCGAUCACAAUGGAGGUUCAGUGCAGUUACCCCAUUCUAAGAUCAAUGCCCACAUUCCCCAAAGACAUGUUGCUCCAGGAGAGAUCCAGGAAAUUGGUCUCAAAGCUAGCCUUGAUCCUCCACGUGGAAUCAAUAAUAAUUAUGUAACAUCUGUGAGUCCUCUUUUGGAAAUCAGUCUCAGUAAUCCUAAUACUAUGGAAAGCAUCUUGCUUGACAUUCAAAUGGCAGCUGCUGUGAAAAAUGACGAUAUGAGCCAAGUCAUGACAACAUUUGUAGGUCUGGUGGCCCAUAGAAAAGAUGGACCUUAUGAAAAGGUUAAGGACUGUUACAUAUAUAAGGACAUUUUACAGAUGAAGCUCCCGGAGCUAAAGCCUCACAUGUACGUCAUUGCUGUUGCAGAGGCUACAGUCAUCCAGCCACCGGCAACCUCGGUAUGGGACUAUUUAGACCGACAUUUCACAGUUGCAGUAUAUGGUCCCAAGCAUAUUCAUCCAUCUUUCAAGAUUGUGCAAAUCAUCUCUUGCUAUAAUAAUGUUCCACCCAGGCUGCCUUUUUCUGAUAUCCAAAAAGGUAACAGAAACCUGCCCCCUGUUGUGUUACAACUGUGGGGAAAGCAUGAGUUCAAUCCACAUGGCCUAAAUGAUUUGCAUAUUACAACCAGUGUGAUAGACUCAAAGUUCGAAGUAAAAAAGGAGGAUAAAGACAAAAAGGUCAAAAUAGAGGCGCUCCAAACAGGCAGAGUGAUCCACUUGCCAUUGGAACUAUCCAGGACAGGCAACGGAGAUAUGGCUCAAUUCAAACUAGCCAUCCAGGUGAAGAACUCAAAUUACCUCUCUUUAGCAGACUUUCAUGUUACUUCUCCUGAGGCUGCACCUCUGAGGACAGACAAACAUGUUCUCAGACAUGUGGAUCGUCACAGGGACGUGACCUCUUCUCAAGCUAUCCCAGAAGAAUCAGUCCCAGAAUUCCCAAAGUUCCAAGAUGAACCAGUGAACAUACAGUGGUAUGGCAUCGCAUUGAAAUCUCUUCUAAGACAGCCGAGAGUGGAUUAUCUUCUAGAGUACUUCAAGGGCGACACAAUUGCUCUGCUUUCCAGAGAAACGGUCAAGUCCGUUGGACAGUCAAAAGUAAAAGAAUGGUAUAUUGGUUUUCUCAGGGGAAGUGUUGGUUUGGUGCACUGCAAGAAUGUGAAGGUCAUAACAAAGGACCAAGUAAUUGACUUCUCUGCAGUUAGACUCUCAACACAAAUCCUGCUGGACAACAUGACUUUGCCAUUUAAAAAGCUCACAUACAUGUACUCUGCCAUUCAGAAUCUAGUAACAGAUCACGUAACCUGCUGGAAGACUUUUGCUGCAGCUCUGGGUUACUCAAACCUCACAAUCGACAAUUUCUCUAGGAAGCAAGCUGAGACAGAAGCUGAAAAGGUAGCAUGUGUCCUUGAGAAGCUAAAGGAAGACUGCCACACAGAAAAAACUAGAAGAAAAUUUCAGCAUGAACUCAUAAUUGGGCUCUUUAAAAUGGAUGCUCAGGGCCUUGUAGCCCAUUUAAUCCAGAACACAGUUAUUCUGUCCACGGCUGUUGAGCUUGGUGUACGGUGGAGGGAACUGGCAGAGAAGAUCGGAAAACUUUCCAAUUCUCAGAUUGCUGGUUAUGAGGCACCACACAGAGGGAAAAGUGGCGAUGUCAGUGCCCAGUCAAUGUGGAAGCCUGCAUAUGACUUCCUGUACUCAUGGAGUAUGCAGUAUGGUGAGGGCUAUAGGGACAUGAUUCAGGAUCUCCAUCUGGCCCUGGACAAGAUGAAGAACCCAGUUACUAAACACUGGAGGCAGAUUACUGGAGCUCUCAUUACAGUAAAUUGCAUGGAGAUCUUGAGGGCCUCUGCCUUCCACACAGCACAGUGAACAGUGAGUUGCAAACUCGGGUGGGUUUAAGAAUGUUGUGCAUUAUAUCUUUUUUCUGUAUUUUUAUAGCAGUGAGCAAUAUAUGCUUUCUUUAUAUAGUUGAUAACUGAAAAUGUCAGAAUAUGAAUGCUGUUGGACUUGGAAUGUUUUCUUUUGUACUGUUAUGAAGUACAAUGAAGUUACCCAGGUCUACAUAAAACCUGUUCGUUAUUCAUGUUUUAAUAUUACUUAACUGUAUAGAUUUAUUGUAUGUUAAAUGAAAUGCUUCACAUCCAAAGUCCUUGUUAUGUUUAUGUGCAUUUCAAUCUGUUAACUUUGAAAUAUAGAGAAAUUGUCCAGAUUCUCUCUAUCACUGCCACUUAAGAUGAAGUCUGACUAAGUUCCUUCUGUUGUUGGGACAGCUGAUUGUUUUAGGAGGAGUGACUUUUCCCUGCAUCUUAAGCUCUAAAGGUGGAGCAGGCCUUUGUAUUAUAAAAUGUCUGCAAGUCAUUCUAAUAUCUAGCAUUCUAAUAUAAUGUCUGCUAGUCAUUCUAGUAUUUAAUUUUAUCAUUGCACUUAAAAUAUAUAUUGCAAAUUGUACUAUUUUUUAUAUUUAAUCUUGUAACUAUUAUUGAAAUAAUAAAACAGAUUUAAACUGUUUCACGAAUGGGCGGUCAAUUUAAUCAUUUUGUUUCAUUUUAAGAUCAUGGACUAUCAUGCAUUUUGAGGCUUUGUGUCACCAAAGUGUCUAGGCUGUCUGUAUUUUGCAUUUGCAUGGCAUGCCUGUCACUUUCUCUCAGUAGUUUUUAUAUGAUGCUAUUUGCAGAGUGCAGGACUGUGUAGUGACCUCAAUAUCAAAUGACCUAUUUGCAGCAAAUG